AUGAGUAGGGUGGACCUUCUGGAUACCCCGAUUCCUAAUGCAGAGCUUGAACUGUUCAUUGAUGGUAGCAGCUUCAUGAGAGAUGGGAAAAGAUUAAUCAGCUAUGCUGUAACUGCAGAAUAUGACACAGUGGAGGCAGGAUCCCUACCCUCCUCCUACUCAGCCCAAGCAGGAGAGCUCCACGCACUCAACAGAGCUCUCCAGCAUGCUGAAGGGCAAUGUGUUAACAUCUACAUAGACUCCAAGUAUGCCUUUGGGGUAUUACAUGCCUUCAGUCCCCUCUGGAAGGAAAGGGGUUUCCUCACUGCCACCGGGAAACCAAUCGCACAUGAAGACCGGGUCCUGGCCAUCCUAAACAGCAUACUGUUACCCAAGGAAGUUGCAGUCAUCCAUGUGAGGGGUCAUCAGAAACUCACCACCCCAGAGGCUCGCGGAAAUAAUAGGGUAGACAUUGCUGCCAAGGAAGGUGCCCUAUAG